CAGCGGCUUUCAGUGGCAGCAGCGGCCGGUGCACCGCAAGCCGGCGUCUCCCCCCCCAACCCCCUAUCCCCGACCGCCCCGCGCGAUGGCGGGGAGCAGCUCGCUGGAGGCGGUGCGCAGGAAGAUCCGGAGCCUGCAGGAGCAGGCGGACGCCGCGGAGGAGCGCGCGGGCAGCCUGCAGCGCGAGCUGGACUACGAGAGGAAGCUGAGGGAGACCGCUGAAGCCGAUGUAGCAUCUCUGAACAGACGCAUCCAGCUGGUUGAGGAGGAGCUGGAUCGGGCCCAGGAGCGUUUGGCCACAGCUUUGCAGAAGCUGGAGGAGGCCGAGAAAGCGGCAGAUGAGAGUGAGAGAGGCAUGAAAGUCAUUGAAAGCCGAGCCCAGAAGGAUGAGGAGAAGAUGGAAAUCCAGGAGAUCCAACUGAAAGAGGCCAAGCACAUUGCUGAGGAUGCGGACCGCAAGUAUGAGGAGGUAGCCCGCAAACUGGUCAUCAUUGAGAGUGACCUGGAACGUGCAGAGGAGCGGGCCGAGCUCUCCGAAGGCCAAGUUCGACAGCUGGAAGAACAAUUAAGAAUAAUGGAUCAGACCUUGAAAGCAUUAAUGGCUGCAGAGGAUAAGUACUCACAGAAGGAAGACAAGUAUGAAGAAGAGAUCAAGGUGCUUUCUGACAAGCUGAAGGAGGCUGAGACUCGGGCUGAGUUUGCAGAGAGGUCAGUAACCAAGUUGGAGAAGAGCAUUGACGACUUAGAAGACGAGCUGUACGCUCAGAAACUGAAGUACAAAGCCAUCAGCGAGGAGCUGGACCACGCUCUCAACGAUAUGACUUCCAUGUAAAUGUUCAUGCACCCUGCCUGCUCGCCCCAAGCCCUCAUGCUUAUGUGAUCAACUCACAGCUACUGCUUCCUCACCCAUGACCUCUGUCUCUGCACCCUUCCGUUUGCUCUUGCAUAACCUAGAAAAAUCCAUGUUUGACUUUCACGUUCUAAUGCAAAGGCCAAAUACACCAAAUCCAUCUGUGCAGACCCUUCUUUCAGAACCCCUUUAUUUUGUAAACACUGAAGUAGGCUGUCACUCCUCCACCCCCAGGAGUGAAUGACCUUGAAUACUAUCCUUUUAGGAAAUCAAACUAGAAACUAGAUUCCAGCUCAACUGGAAGGCUCUGUCGUUGUACAGGAAGCUCUUGAAAUCUCAAAAGUUGGCCUCCUGAGAUUCAGUGACGUACCAUAUUUCUUUUCUUUCUUAAAUAAGUAAUAGCCGCCAUUUCAGGGAGCUUGUCAACGCUGCCGCAGGGGUGGAUCCUGAGCUGCGGAGGCCGCUAUCCUGCUCUCCUGCACAGGCCCCUCUAAUCCCGUUGUUUCUUCUAGAUUCGCUCAGGCCUAGCUGCCCUCGAAGCCAGAUAUUCGGGCUGGGUGGUACCGCGGCCUGGGCCUAGGGGCUUAACUAGUAGUGGCAGCGGCGGCAGCAUCGGAAGCAGCCUUAGCAUCCAUAGCCCCUUCUCACAUAGGAGCAGCACAGGCGCCCGAAAACCCAAACAGCUGUUUAGAGAAAAUGGCAGAUGAUAUUGAAGCCAUGCUUGAGGCUCCCUACAAGAAGGAAGAGAGUAAGUUGAGCAGUGCAAACGGCCAUGAAGAACCUAGCAAAAAAAAAACCACUUUACAUUUAAAGUUUAGAUCUUCAUCAAAUCCAUUUAUAGCAAAACACCUUACAGCAGAGGCCAUAUAACCAAAAAGUCCAAAGACCCAACCCAGUGGACCAUUUAUUUCAGUGAUGUUCAGUACAAAUCCCCACUGCCACUAAAGACUUUGGAAAGUCCUUUUUAAGUUGUAACAGGAUUUGACUAUUUAAAAGAAAAUGUUGAUACAGAGAAAGCCUACAGUAUCACACACUGAUGGUGCCAGGAAAGGGAUGCUAGGGAUGCUAGCAUGAUCCAGGCCACCUAAAGAAUGGCGCUGGAAAAGGGCAUAUCUUCCUCACUUUGACGAAUUUUAGGGCAAAAUGAACUCUUUGCUAAGGAACCGAAACUUUAUAUUUACUACAAGAAAUGAGAAAGCUUUCCCCCAUUAUUGUAAAGCCCCCCCCCCCCACACACACGUAAACAUUUAUCACAACUUUUAAAUUAGAAUCAUAAAACACAGAUGGUACAGUCUGCAUGAGGGAGUCUGGCUGAAGUUUUCGUUCUGUCAGCAGCAAGAGUUGGAGUAGCCUUGUUCCCAGGAGCAGUGCCUUGUGCAUGAUUGGCUGAUCACCCUCACUAACCAGGUGUGAACAUGCACUUAUGCCGUCCAGUAGACCCUGUGUCACAGAAGGUUCCUCACACUAAUACUGUACAGAACCCUAUGAAAGCUAGAAAUGCCAUUUGCUUUUCCCCUUAUAAAAACGGAUAGCUUGAAGAGUGUAAUGUGUACCUGCUGCCUUAGAGGUUAUAAAAUCUGCACCCCCUAUCCCAACUUCCCCCAAAAAUAAAGCCCUGAGACACAUGACCAUAA